UUCUCCUUUUCCUACUCUGGUCUCACAGGAGCAGUCGUGAGCCGUGGGGCCACACUGGUCUCAGCCAGAUUGUCCGGCCAAACGCUGGCGAAGCGAUGCCCUGGACUGUCCUGCUCUUAGCAGCUGGCUCCAUGGCGAUACCAGCCCCAUCCAUCCUGCUAGUGCCCCCACACCCCAGCAGUCACGAGGACCCCAUCUACAUUGGAUGCAUGGCCCCCAUGGGCUUCCCAGGCGCCAACUUCACGCUGUACCGAGGGGAGAUGGUGGUCCAGCUCCUGCAGGCCCCUGCAGACCAGCUUGGUGUCAUCUUCAACCUGAGUGGUGGAACCUGGGAGGCUGCAGGGGGGACGACGUUUCACUGCCAGUAUGGCGUGCUUGGCGAGGAUAGGCUACCGCAGCUGUCAGACCGCAGUGACACUGUGCACGUCUCCUUCCCAGUGCCCCCUUGGAUCCUGGCACUCUCCUUGAGCCUGGCCGGAGCCCUCCUCCUUGCUGGGCUGGUGGCUGUUGCUGUGGUGAUCAGGAAAGGUAACAGCAGGCGACGAGAGCAAGCAUGGCCCACUGGCUGCCAGAGUGCCACCCCUGGAGCAUUUAAAGUAAGAAAAAUGCAGAAGAAAAGAGAGCAAGAAUCUUGCUGGGCCCAGAUUAACUUCACCACAACAGACAUGUCCUUCAAUAAUUCCCUGUUUGCCAUCUCAACGAAAAUGACUUCAGAAGGAGACACAGUCACCCUGUAUGCUUACUCAGGCUCUGCUGCAACCCCUGAAAACUGCGGGCCCCGGAAGAGGCCCACCUCCACAUCAUCCUCACCUGAGCCCCCCGAAUUCAGCACCUUCCGGGCCUGCCAGUGAGGCUGAGGAUUGAGGCCCCUCUCUAUGUACUCUACCCCCACCCUCUCACUUGAUCUGGCCAGGCCAUGUGGGACCAGAAUCCCUCCAGGUGGUUUGGAGGGUUCUGGCUACUGCUUUCUCAGGGAACUGAACAGGAUGUCUGGCCUUGGGACCUUCCUCACAGAGGAGCAGGAGUAGAAGAGUGGGAGCAGACAUUGGCCUGGAGGAUGGACAGAAAGCAGGAAGCCUCUCUUUGGAUUCUCAGCUUCGAAGACCACCAGGGGAGUAGUUAGGAUCCCUUCUGGUCCCCAGCUGGGCCGUAAGAGCUCUCUGUACAUCCCUCCAGUUUCCUCAUCCUUUGCUACACCUGACUUGGACAACCCAACUGGGUUUUUGGAAAAUAGGGUACCCCCAGGUAUGUUCUGUGUGUCUGCCUUGCUGGUAUGCCUAAAUUAUUAAUUAUAGCAUGUGCUGAGCUGA